AUGACAUCUUCCCUGCUGUUGCGCCGCGUAUGCGCUCCUUCCUUCACCAGCCGACUGGCUACCCGAUCGCUCUCCACAACAGCCGUCUUGCGCAGCGACGACGGUAAACCAUCGUUCGGAUUCAAGCAUUCUCCCGCUCCUCCACGCCUCCCCAAAGAAGAACAAGAGAUCUUUGAAGAACUGCAACGUCGCUCGACGGGUGCUUUCAGCACACCCCAGGUCAAUCAGUCACCGCAAUCCGAGGCUCGGCCCGAAAUCAAGGUCAACGGCAGUGGCGAGGAGCUUCACCCAGAUGCGCCGCAAGGUCUGAAGCCUGAAUUCGAGGGCGAGACGAAUCCCAAGACGGGAGAAAUCGGUGGACCUAAGAAUGAGCCUUUGCGAUGGGGAUCUGGUGGUGAUUGGAGCUAUGGAGGUCGUGUGACCGAUUUCUAA